CAUAAAAUAAUAAAAUAAAUAUUACUAUAUAAUAAUAAAUAUACUUUACUAAAAAUAGUUAUUAUAUAAUAAUGCUCAAAUAAUAAUUAGUUAUAACAAUUGUAAUAAUCAUUGAUCGAGCGAUCUCAAAACUCGAAGCUCAACUCGUAACUGGUCAUCCUAUAUAGGGUUUUCGUGUCUAGUUUAAUCUUAAAUUGUCAAACUUAGUCAAACACGUUCGAAUUUGUAAGUUUUAACUAUUUAGUCAAAUAAACUGAGUUAACCAAACAAAUUCUCUCUAUCAUUUCCACAAACACCUCGUAUCUCUAAUUUUCAAUGCAAAUUCGAUUCAACCAAGAGAUCUAGAUUUGACUUGACGAACAUUGAUAAACUUGUUUCCAGAGUCAAAUGGUCAACCCCGAAUAAUGUUUACAUUAAUGAUAAUUAUAAAAAGAAGAAAUUGAUAAUAUUAAUUAUUAUAUAAUUAUAUAUAACACAAUUAAAAAAAUAAAAUUCCAUAAUUCCCCCCUCCCCCUCUCUUCCUUCCUUCCCUUGCACCCCAAUUCGGGGGUAAGCCAAAACAGUAAAUUUGCACUCCCAUUUUGUACCCCCUACUGUUCCAAAUUAACCAAACAGAUGCAAAUAUGUUGGAAACUGUGUUUACCCCUCACAUUUGCACCCUCAUCCCAUUUAUCCAUCUUCCCAAACAGAGUGUCAGUAUUGUGACGAGCCAGGUCACGCUGCCAAGACCUGUCCUCGUAUUAUUACUACACCUACUUCUUCUUCUUCUUCUUCUUCUUGCUGGCUGUGUGAUUCUGCUACCACUCAGCAUAUUACCAAUGCUCUCGGGAAUUUAUCCUUUUCUCAGUUCUUGAAUGGCCCUAACUUCUUAAUCAACGGUGAUGCUUCAGGUUUGUUAACAACUCGAUCGUACUAGUUCAUUGCUGCCAUCUCAAUUUUGCAGUUUGAUAUAUAGCAACUUAAUAUAAAUUGACAAGUUCGAAUUUACAUACCCAUUAUUUUUUGUAUUUUUAAAUUUACAGAUAGUUCCCAAGUUUAUGGGUUUUUUUUUUUGUUAAGAAAUUUGUGUAGUUUUAUGAGGUUUGUGAUAUGUUUUAAGAAAUUUGUGGUAUUUUAGUAAAUUUGUGGUCUGGUUUAUGAGGUUUCUGAUAUAGUUUAUGAGAUUUCUGGUUUACUUUAAUAAACUUUUUUUAUGCGCUUAAUGAACUUGUGAUGCGCUUUAAGAACCUAAACUUGUGGUCUGUUGUGUCGUUUUAUGAUUUGUCUGGUAUUAUUCAGGAAGCUUGUGGUCUAUUUUAAUAAACAUGUUGGGUGUUUAAAUAGACUUGUUGUGUGCUUUAUGAGCUUUUUAGCAUGUUUUAGGAAACUUGUAAUAUGCUUUAUGACAUUUUUGGUAUAUUUGCUUCAAGAGAAUUUGUGGUAUAUGCUAUAAGAAACUUGGGCUAUGCUUUCAAAAUAAAUCUGGUCAGUAGUGCAUGGUUACUCAAUUUGGCAUAACUAUUUUUCCAUUAACAUUUAAUGGACUAUAUUCUAUUCGCCUUAACUCACCUUUCAAAAAUUUCAGUCAAAUUUAUUUGUUGUACAUAAUGAAAUUCACCGUGAUAUAAUUUGAAACAAAAAUACAAAACAAAUAGAAACCUUUUCUACCAGAAUAUGUCGUGGUGGUGCAAAAGAUUAUACCAAGGUGCUAGGAUGGUUAUAUACAUGGUUGUGGGAGCAUAGUGGUAAGAUGGUGGUACAUUUUAUAAAAAAAAGUUCCUCCGAGUAUUGUCGUUUAGUAUAAUACACUUAAUCUGUUCAACUUUACACCCUAACAUCAAAUUCAUAAAGAAUAAUAUUCAAUGAUUCAGUUUGUCAAAAUACAUCUAACUUACCAAAUGCACCGUUUUUAAUACAAAGAGCCGGUUUACAGGGUGUAAAAUCUGCCGCUCAAAUUUAGGAUAUGUACCAUACAUAAAUUUUGGUUAAUUCAUAAUCUAAAUAAUAUACCGUAACAGAACAUUUUAGUAGGGACGAAUUAUUUUAGUUUUGAGAAGAGGUUUGGGAGACGGGUUAGGUAGGGUGUUAGCUUUCAAUUUGCUAGUAUGAUCAACUCUAAUCAAUAAGAAAAUUUUAUUUUGAUAACUUUUUCUAUUUAAGGGGUUGACCACAAUUAUGCUUAUUUUAAAAGGGAGGGGCAUGCUGUCGUUUUAAAAUUGAAGGGGAACACGCGUGUGGCGUUGUCCAUAUAUUUCGUGUCAUGUUCUUAGGCGACAGCGACCAUAAGUAUCAUAAGCAGACAAGAAAACACAUACCAGAAACACAACAAACCAUACCACAAUAACAUAAAGUAGAUCAAGAAGGUUAUAAAGCAUAUCAAAACCUCAUCACACUGCAUAAAUUCAUAAAGCAUACCUGAGAACUCAAAACUGACCACAAGUUCUUAAAGCAUACAAAAAAUCUUAUAAAAAAUCUUACCACAAGUCCCGUGAAACAUACUAAUAAGUUGACCACAAUUUUCUUUAAACAUACCAAAAACCUCAUUGAGUAUAUCAUGCUGAAGCACAACAAAAACCUCAUAAAGUUUACCACAAACCCAUGUCUAAUAUUGCAUUAUGGUCAGUUGGAGUUUCGGGAAUACAUUAUGGAGAACCCAGACUUUACAUCUGUUGUGAUUAAUGUUGUGUAUUGUAAUUUGGUCUCCUAACAAGUUCAAAAAAUUGUAAAUAUCUGUGUAGUUGUAGCACAUGUUUUUCCCGAACCACUUGGCCAGGAUAUGGGUUAAGAAGAGUUUAAAAUUACCGGGGAAAUUGCAUUUUGAUAAUUUAUUUAAGGAACUUAAUAAUUAUUAAAACAAAUAAGUUCAUUAAUAUAGCAUGUAAAAAUUUGCUGCGUAGCGCGGACCAAUUAACUAGUAACUGUUAACCUACAAUGAUUUGUGUUUAUUUUCAAGCUGGGUACACUAAAAACCCAAUUGCAACGGAAGAAUUUGUCGCUAAAAAGCCCCACUUUUUCAUUGCCAGACGACUUUCUUCGUCGCCGAAUGCAUUUCAGUUCCGCCGCAUAUACCGCGUCACUACAAGAUUCUGCAACGAAUUAUGAUGUUUCGCUGCUAAGGAACCUAUCCGUCACGAAAGAUCGACAUUUAUGCGCGAUAAGGUUCGUCGCGAAAGAUUGACGUAAAUGGACCAUUAAAAUAUAAGUAAUAGUAUAAUACUCAUUUUAAUUCGAUGAUUAGAAAACAAAAUGAAGGGGAACCCCAUAAAAUAUAGGCAAUCGACGGUAGUGGGUUUCGGAACCCCUAAAUAACUUACUGAUACAUAAUCCAUUAAUAACGGGUCAUGUUAGACAAAUAAAUUUUUUCUCUUAUUAAUGUUGGCGUGCUAUAUCUCUUUCAUUUUAAGUCAUAAAUAAAUUUUUAUUACAUGUCGUGUUUUUUUUAGAAUGACAUCCACUCUGAUAGUUCGUCAGUUAAACCAGCAAUUCUCUUCCUAAAUUGAUAGUAAUAGAUAGAUCUUUUUCUAGUUAGGCUUCUAUCCAUGCAAUGAAAGAACCAUUCCUUCCUAUUUGUUUGUCUUGCCAUAUAGAAAUAAAAUUAGCAGUAGAAACAAGUUGCCUGAAGCGAAUCCCGGUCGAGAAGGAGACAAAAAAAAUGUGAGUGCCCCCGCAAUCUUUCUAAAAUCACAAGCGUGAAACGUAGACUUUGAGGGGAUCUAAUCUAAAUAUACAUAGUAUUUUUGUCAACAGCAUGACUCCUUUGCUUUUUAUUUUUUAAGGAUAAAUGGAAUUCUCUCCCCGCUCCUCUAACUUUAGUGGCUUGACGCUCCUAUGACAGUUGUCCUAGUUGGAACUUGUUACGUGUUCUAAUUUGUCACAUUACUUUUGUUCAAAGGAUUUCUUAGUAAUUUUCCUUUCAAGUAUGCCGAUUGUCGAGCAGAAGUAGGUGCAAUUCGGCUACUAUAUAUCUCUGUAACCUAGGGCUAAAACCCUAACUCUCAUCAUCAUAAUCGUAUCAAUCCUGAGAGUGUGAACUCUCCGUGGAGUAGUCCUGUUCACAUCGAACGAAGAAACCAUGUAAAUCUCGUUGUGUCUACUCUUUAAUUUACGUUUUUGCCUCCUGGCAUGAAGGUGAUGACUCGGUAUUUGCACAUGUUUUCCCCUUUGUUUCUUGAUUGUUUGAGCUUGAAUUAUUGCGUCUUUGGCCUAUUUUAUGCUAGGUUGUGUUCCUUUGUCCCAUUUCAGGUCCUAGCACAUAAAGUGAAGCAUAGGCGCAAGUUUCAAGUCAAUCAGAGAUCAAUUGACGAUUCAAGAGAAGAAACUCGGGCAUGACCUGAAGAAGAAUGGAUUUCUACCUCACUUUAUGGACAAAGAAUCAUGCAAGCUUGUUAUGAAACGAAAGAGGACGAGACUACGAGCGUCUGGGAUCAAACGGUGAUUGAUUCGGAGUCCGGACGAGGGAGAAACGAAGCAUUAAACAGAGGCUGAGCAAGCUGCACGGGCAGACCAGCGUGGCCACGCACGGCCGUGCAAGUGACCAGUUUGGCCGUGCGGGAUUGUGCGUGGGCACGCACGGGAUUGUGCGUGGCCACGCACGGCCGUGCAACAUACAAUUCUGGCCGUGCGAGUUGGCUGAGGUUCAACUAAUUGAUACGCCGCGUUUUGAGGUGCACGGCCAGAAUGGUGAUGUGCACGGCCGUGCACCCUGGCCGUGCGAGUCGGGAAUGGCUGUUUUUAACCCAAAUUCGAGCCAAAGGAUAGAGAGAGCUGGGUUUUGGAUCCCAAACACCCAAGGGACGAACCCUAGAGAGAGAGAGCGACUUGGGAACAUUCUUGGAGCUAUUUUGGAGGAUUUCUUCGCCAUUGAAGCUCGGGAAUCAAGCUUGGAGAUGGAGAUUGAAGAUCUAGAUCAGAUUUCUGCAGUCUCUCUCUUCUCUAUGGAGUAACUUCCCUUCACUUAGGUUUUGAGGAACCCUAGUUCCAUGAGUUAGGAUCUUUCUUGUAUGAAGUUUUGGAUGCUAUAUUGUUUGAUUAUAAUCGAAUGAUGCAUGUUCAUUGAGUCAAUUGAAGUCUGAUCAACUUUUCCUGAUUUCUGCUGCAAUCUGAGAUAGAUAGAAUCUGAUUAGGUUGCUAGAGUCUCAUCAUUCGGUAGUAGGAGAUUGGCUAUACGAGAGUUAGCCAGUUUACUGCUUUGUACUGGAAUCCAAUUCCAGUAGUGGAGUUCUGUGCUUAUUGCUUCAGCUUUCUAUCCCGGUGAAGACUAGUCGUCUGCCGGAUAGUUAGACUGAGAGGGCUUGGUCAGCUUAAGAGAUUCCAAGCUACUGUCGGAUCUUCCGCAGUUUAAUCAACAGUAAAUCAACCAAAAUGAAUUACAACUUGGACCUAAUUGAGGAGCUAGGGGGAAUCAUACCUAAGUGAGUUCCCAAACUGUAAUUAGUAGUUUUACUUAGUUUAGUUAGUAGAGUAGUUUAGUUAAUCAAUCCUUAAUCUAGUUUGCUAGAUAAUGAACUGAAGCUGAGUAAUAGUAACUCUAGAGACCCGUGGAUUCGAUAUUUAUUACUUGUGCCACUAUACUGCAGUCCCUUUCAUUGGUUACACUUGGCCAUUGUUAGGUGUUGUGUUUUAGAGCAUCAAGUUUUUGGCGCCGUUGCCGGGGACUUUCUAGAGUAUUAGGAAAGGCAGAAGUUUGUUACUUUAGCGUUUUUCUUAUCUUUUCCACCCUUGCUUUUCACUUGGGUGUUUUUUGUUUUUGUUGGUGCAGAUCUGAAUCAUGGAUCCGCAUGGCUUCUCCAACCAGUGGGGGUAUCCACCACCAUCCGAGUGGUAUUACCCCGAGACCCCCUGGAGCAAUCAAGGAGGAGAAGACUAUGGAUUCGGGUUUCAGUACCAACCCCCAUCCUACGAAGAACAAUCAGACCCCUGGGUAUUUCAAGAACAAUCUCCUUAUCAAGAAGAAUUCCUCCAUCAGCCAGAUCCAAACUAUCACUUGAGGCUUCUCGUGGACCAGAUUGCUCGAGUACCUGAGACAUCCUUUCCAAAGAUGGAUAUCCCAGACAAUGCCCAAACUGGGUUCUCCUACCGUGAAACAGAGGAGACCCUCCUGAGCAUAAAGAAGAGCCUCGAGGAUCUUGAGAAAGCUUAUGCACAACCUGCUCAAGAUCACCCUUCUGCUAUCAUACUAGAAGAGGAGGAGGAAGACGAAGGCUACAAGGAUAUUGUGGAGCAGACAGAAGUUUUCACGAAAAGCUCUCGUGAUGAUCAUGAUCAGGAAUUUCCUGCCGUAGCCGACCACACCUUCCCACAUCCCAAACUGAGCUUUGAAGAGGCGGGCAUGAGUGAGGAGAUGCAAGAAAAUCUCAUGAAAGAAAUUGCUUGGCAACUUGCUCUCCAAUCCGUGCUAGAAGAAGAAGAGCGAGAAAGGGUGCAGAAAGAAGUUGUGGAGGAUGAAGAAAGUGAAGCAGGAGGAGUUCUUGAUCUUUUCCCAGGGGUGAUACCACAUGAAGAAGAAAGGGAGGUUGAAGAAGCAAUUGGCGUCCAGGCUGAGGACGAAGUUGAGGUGGAAGAGGCCUGCACCGGCCAUGAGUUACAUGUGAUAUCCCCACCAAACUUUGAGGAACUGCUUGGCAAGGACCCAUUUGCAGUGUCUCUUUGCCAGACCAAGGCCACAUCGACAUCGGUCCCUCUUGGUGGACGCGAUGGUGGCCAAUCGAUGCUUUCUUAUCUGGUUUGGGGCAAUGAGACGAGAGAAGAGAAGAAGAGGUCUCGAGGGUGGAGACUUCAUCUGCAUCAAGUACAUGAGCCUUCCUCACCUGCCACACCACAUGCUCGUGACUUGAGACUCCACCUCAUCGACGAGAACCUCAACUUCAAGGAGGUUCUAGCAUGGACCGAAACUUAGGAGCCAUCGUCCGGCUCACGACGUGAAAGAAGCGCUUGUUGGGAGGCAACCCAACCAGUCGGUUUGCAUUUCUUUCUCUAUUUCUCCUCGGUUGAGUCAGUUUUGUUAUUUGAUUUUAGAGUCAAUAACUCAACCUUUGUGAGAUUUUGUGUGGUGUUUGUGUUCUGAUUACUCUCUCUUCCUGGAAUGCACCGCCUGACCCAUUCAUCAUCAUUCACCCUUGAUCUGGUAACUUCGUUCUACCCUCCUUAUCUUUCCUCCAUUGAGGACAAUGUCGUGCUUAAGUGUGGGGGGAUGUUCGAUUAUGUAUGCUGAUGAAUGUUUGGCUGUUUGUGUGCUUGGAGCCUAGUCCACUGUCCAAAUUUUUAAAUUUGAGGGCUCCAAGUACGUGUUCCAUGCAAUUGCCUGCUCAGUAUGCUUUGAAUUGACAGUCUUUACAGUAAUAUGCAACCUAGGGAGGUAGUGUAGCACUAUGGAGGAUGUUGAUGCAUUUAAGAAGUCUCAUUUCUUCUUCAUAUUGAGUUGGUUGAUUGAGUGAAUUAGUGAUCUUAGGACCCUUGAAUUGUGUGGUGUUGUGGAUUCUCUACCUGUCAUGGACUCUUGUAUCAUGUUUUGAAAAUAGCAGGUGCUCGAAAAUGUGCUUCAAAAUAAACGUCUCCCGUGCGAAUAGGGCGAAAGUGUGUAAGGGGAGACGGGAAUUCGUUCCCAAUAUCCACCUACUACCUCCAGCCCCCUUACAUGUCUUUCCCCCGCACGAGGCUCGAGACAUCCGCUCCUGGCAUGGCCGGUAAGAGCAGGUUGGGACCCUUGAAAAAGAAAAGAAAAGAAAAAUAUCAGAAAACAAGCAAAACAAAAAAAAAAGGGGUCUCAACCAUCUUCAAGAAGCAGAAAAUAGAGCACCUUGAAAAAUGUGAGUCCAUGAUCUGUUGUUUUUGAGAAUCUCCUCAUCCACAAUUCAUUUGUCCUCUGUUCACUAUUUGCCAUGAUGCCGACUCGCCGAAGAAGUUAUGAGAUGACUUGUGCGUCGGUUGACCUCGUAAGCUGCUAAAUGAUCUAGGAAGUCCUCUACCUACGAUCUGGGUUGUUUGUUGCUAUAGAGGUCUGGAGAGUUGCAUUGGUUUGAGUUAGGUUUGCUUGGGGACAAGCAAACAGUUAAGUGUGGGGGGAUUUGAUGACUCGGUAUUUGCACAUGUUUUCCCCUUUGUUUCUUGAUUGUUUGAGCUUGAAUUAUUGCGUCUUUGGCCUAUUUUAUGCUAGGUUGUGUUCCUUUGUCCCAUUUCAGGUCCUAGCACAUAAAGUGAAGCAUAGGCG